UCUAGUGCCACUAACAACUACAAUUGAGCAUCCAAAUUGAUUGCAAAUCAAAAGAAAACCAUUCGAAUUCAGCUUAUAUUACCUAAGCAUGGGGAAAUUAGACGAUCGCCGUUCCAAGCGUAGCAAACGACAGAAACCUGCAAGAUUUGCAUCCCCUACAGAAUCGGCGUCAUCGCCAAUUCAAACAAGUUUUAUAUCCGAAUCAGUUGAAGUGGUAACGACUCAAACAGCGGCCGCACCUGCUCAGAGUACCAAAAGCAUUGAGAUUUGUAGCCAACGACCUGGACCAGUCGUCAGCACAAAGACACCUCCGCCAGCGCCAACGUUGGUUGCAAAUGCCGCAAAGAAGCAAAGAAAACGUCGCAAUAGCGACACCUCCAGCGAUGAAGAACGCUGGCUAAACGCCAUCGAAACUGGCAAGCUGGAGGAUGUCGAUGACGAGUUGAAGAAGAUAAAGGAUCCAAAGCUGAUGACAGCACGCCAGAGAGCCAUGUAUGAACGAACGCAAGAUGCGGAACCAGCAUUGGCUGGAUUUGUUGAAGAGCUUAUCGCACUGCCCAGUGGCUACAGGGAGAAGGAAAAGCCCCAGACGGCCGAGGACAUCCAGAAGGCGGCACUAAAGUCGCAGAAACGAAAGCAACAAGCUGACGAGCGCCGGGAGAAGGACAAACAGAAGACCAUGGAGCGAUUGCUGAAGAAACAGGAAAGCGGGAAACAACGGUCGGCAGCCCGUAACAAAAACAACCAAAAGCAGACGCAUCCAUCCCUUACAUAUAUGAAUACCCUGGAAGGCGCCUACAUUAUAGUGCCCCCGGGACAGGAGUUUCCCCUGGAAGCACAGUCUGCGCUCACUCCGCCUCCAGUUCAGAUGUGCGGUGUCGCCGGGUGUGGCAACCGCAAGGCUUAUAGCUGUUCCAAAACAAAUAUUCCACUGUGCAGCUUGGCGUGCUACCGCAAGAAUCUUGCCGUUGCCUAAAGAAGAUUGUUGCUACCAUUUAGGUAUAGUUAAAAUAAAUGUUACUUUAUUGAUUCAUUAAGAAA